AUGUCAGAUAACGACAACAAUAAAAGACAGGAAGACAUUGGUGAUUCAAAACCAGAAGAUCUUUUAGUUGAUUUCGGUGGCAAACAAGUACCAUUUUCAAAAAUAAAUAAACCACAUAACGUCAUAUUAGAUCCAAAUUUCCAUCAACCUAAAGUCAAUGCUGAAUCGUUUCCAGAUAUAGAACCAGAAGCUAAGAAAGGCGAAGAAGAUGUCGAAACUAGACGUAAGGCUGCUCAUAAGUAUAUUCUUGAUCCCUAUGCUCAUAAACCACAGGUAAAUGCGGAACAAUUUCCAGAAGUUGAACCUGAAGUGGAGAAAACAGUUGAAAAAGUCAGAGCUGCUCGUCAAAAGAAAGAUGAAUGA